CUUAAUCAAUCUUCGACUAUUUUUGUGUUUUAUGUUAAAAUGAGCUGGAAAACCUCAAAUAAUUGAGUGCGCUUCCGUAACGCCUUCUAAUUGCUACCUUUUCAUCUCCCUCUCUUUUGGUGAAAACCAGUACCAGACUACCAGAGUGUUUAUUGGCUAUAUACCUUGCGAUUCGGAAAGAUGGCGGCUACUAAAGCAUUGCUUAAUUUUUCUCGGUCGCCGGAAUUUUACUUUGUGUCGUCAAAAUCGGGAAAGGUAGGGUUUUUGAAGUUGCUGGGGUGUAAUUCCGGCGUAGGCAAAGGCUUCAGCUCCUCCAUUACUGGCGGCGAGGUGAAAUCCCGCUUUAUUGGCCCAAUUAGGGCACUUGAAACUUCUAGAUCUUCGCAAAUCAAUGGCAAUAAAAACGAAAAUUCUCAUCCGUCUGGGUGCGGCUCCCAGCAGGACGUGCUCGUCAAUGAUUGUGAUGGUCUCUCUGGUAAAGAAAGGCUUCAGGCUUAUACAGUUGGGAACUCUACAGAUAUUUUUUGGCACAAAUGCUCGGUAGAGAGGAGUGACAGGGAGGAGUUGCUUCAGCAGAAGGGCUGUGUUGUAUGGAUUACUGGUCUCAGUGGUUCAGGAAAGAGCAGUGUAGCAUGUGCUCUAAGUAGAGGCUUACAUGCUCGGAGAAAGCUUACUUACAUUCUGGAUGGAGAUAAUGUCCGCCAUGGUCUGAGUAGUGAUCUUAGUUUUAGGGCAGAAGAUCGAACAGAGAACAUUAGACGGGUUGGGGAGGUGGCAAAGCUUUUUGCAGAUGCUGGGGUCAUUUGCAUUGUCAGUUUGAUAUCUCCAUACAGAAAGGAGCGGGAUGCUUGUCGUGCUUUACUUCCAGAAGGAGAUUUCAUUGAGGUAUUCUUGGAUGUGCCUUUAGAUGUUUGUGAGGCAAGAGACCCCAAGGGAUUGUACAAACUUGCCCGAGCAGGAAAAAUAAAAGGUUUCACUGGUAUUGACGAUCCAUAUGAGCCACCAGAGAAUUCAGAGAUAGUGCUGAGGCUUAACCGUGGAUUCAAUGAUUCUCCAUAUGAUAUGGCUGAGGUUGUGAUCUCUUACCUGGAGGAAAAGGGGUACCUGAAAACAUAGCUGGCUAGCUGCCUCAUGGCUAACGGGCUAAGUCCAUGUCAAUAGAUCUUCCAUCCUUGUAUGCCAUGUACCCGUGCAUUUAUUUGUUUUGCAGUAAGGAAAUCUCGCGUUUCCUUAAUGCUUAAUUCAAUAUUGAAUAAAGAAAAGAAAAUGUAAAAUCAUUUAUGCAUUGCAUCGUCACUGCCUGUGACAUUUAUGCUUGCUAGUGUUUGGUAGUAGAUAGGCCUGAAAUAGUGUGAACUUUAUGUAUGGUUUUCAAAUUUCCAGUGUUGAAACUCUUGUACAAGUUGUAUGAUAAUGGAAUAAAUGAAGUCAUCUCAUU